AUGUCCCGACCCACAUUGUACUUGCCUCCCGAUCGCGCCACGAUCAUCUACGUAAUCUUGCAGCCAGAUUGGAGGCAACAAAAAACCAAUAACGCCCCGGAUGAUAAGCCCGAGGCCCGAAUUCUUCGCUCAGCAUUAUCACGAGAUUUUGGUGCCGAGGCGCUGUACACUACCACCAGUCACAACAGUUCGAACAGUUCAUUCGUUCGGCUUCUACCGUACGGAGGUGGUGGUGAUCUUGUUGAAAAUAUUCUCCCCAAAAGUGUUUGUCAGAAAGGUGGUAACACAAUGGCCAAAGGACGCACCUGUGGAUGGCUGUGGAGCCCCCGGUUUCACGGUGUGCUGGUAGGGCUGCUAGUGCUCGUGAAUGCCAUCUCCUCCAUCAUGGCAUCGGCCUACCUUCAAGUGAAGUUUGACGACUUCCGGAAGGUUCCGGAUGAGCUGUCCCUGUACUAUCGGUACGCAACGAUUGAUAUUAUAUUCGUGGCGAUUGUGCUGCUGGUCGUGAUUGCAUACUUCGUCGGAAUCAUGAGCGUGAACGAGUACUACAUCAUCCCGUUCGGGAUACUGCUCCUGCUAGACUUCAUGGGAUACGUUGCAACUGAGAUGGCAACAACGCUGAACACCGACAAGCCCGAACUGUUCCAGGGCCGUACGGCAGGAACCGUAUUCGAAAUCGCUGUUUUCGGUUACAUGUUUGUGACGGUGUUUUGUCUGUACCGGGAUCUGCAGCGCAAUCGGCACAUGCAGGAGGAACGUUUGCGCGGCUACCGCAGCUUGAGCAGCAGCACGGAGCACAUAGAGAUGUGAUUCCGAGGACGAAGACGCGCGCCCAAGACAGUAUCGAGUGUAGUGUUUAUAGAGCAUCAAGCGAGUAACUGUAUUGUUAUUAUUAAGUGUAUGUGCCGCGAGAGAGGGGAAAUGUUUCAAACAUUCCAACCAAUUCACACCAGUGUCAUUAUGAUAACUCACAUUCCGAUCCUACCAACAAAAAAAACCGAUAACACGCCAUUGUUUGUUUAGUUGUUUAGUAAGAGUGUUGUAUUAAUUAUGGAAUAUAAAACAGCGAAACCCUCUUCGACUAGCCCACCUGUUUAGUGCGAUAGGAGCUUUGAGUUCGGUUCGGAUUGGUGUGCUACUAUUAGCUGGAAGUAAGAAGUGCCUUGAGGAAAAGGUAGUAACUAAUAAUAAAAAAGUGUUUCACACGUG